AUGGCUCAAUCCGGAGCACCUGCGCUUGAGCCUACAGCGGGUUUCUUGCUAGAGUCGAGAACCGAGCGGCCUGAUCGCGUGCCUCUUGCAAAGGGUGAAUUCUCUGUCGCAUCCAGAGCGUUGGCUCUGUCGACCUAUUUUCUUUCGGGAGCUUUGGCUAUCAAUAUCUCUCAAUUCCUGGGAGCUCCGUUGCGAGCGAUCAACGAGGACUGGUAUAAUGCAUGGAUUGCUUUCACCAAGCAGUCCUUUGGGCUGCUCACCAUGACGCUGACCCAGACAUUCGCGCCCACAAAGGUCAUCGUCUCCGGCGACAAAUCGGUGCGAGGACAGCUCUUGAAAUCCACCGAUGGAGACCUGGUUUUGGAUUUCCCCGAAAGACUUGUUCUCAUUGCGAACCAUCAAAUCUACACCGAUUGGCUUUACCUGUGGUGGAUAGCCUACUGCAAUGGCAUGCAUGGCCGCCUUUACAUUAUUCUGAAGGAGUCGCUGCGGAAGAUUCCUGUUUUCGGAUGGGGCAUGCAGUUGUAUCAAUUCAUAUUCUUGAAGCGCAAUUGGGAACAGGACAAACCUAAUAUGGCAAGCGCCCUGCAAAGACUCAACAAGCCGACAGAUCCAAUGUGGCUUCUCCUCUUUCCAGAAGGGACCAACCUCGCUCGUAGCACACGCGAACGAAGCGCUGCGUGGGCAAAGAAGAACAACAUCUCAGACACCAGACACGUGCUUCUACCUCGGAGCACCGGCCUGCAAUUCUGUCUUGGGGAAUUGAAGGACACUGUAGACUACCUGUAUGACUGUACUGUAGUCUACGAAGGUGUACCUCGUGGCCAGUACGCACAAGACAUCUUCACUUUGAGAGCGGGCUAUUUGGAAGGCAGACUUCCGAAAUCCGUCCGUAUGCAUUGGCGUCGGUUCGCCGUCAAAGACAUGCCAGUCCACAACGAUAGAGCAUUUGAACUCUGGCUCAGAGCUCGCUGGCGGGAAAAGGACGUCAUGAUCGAAGAGUACUACCAGACUGGCAAACUCCCAGCCGACUAUGGCGCUACGAAAUACAAAUCUGGCAAAGUCCUUCGGGGAUGCGGACACAUGGAGGUUCCUAUUCGUGCAAGUCAUUGGUACGAAUUCCUCCAGAUUUUUGCACCGAUGGGGAUCCUGGCAAUGAUACUGUACAUCUUCUACGGUGACCUCCCGAAGCGCUUUUGGAAGAGCAUCAACAAACAAGCCCUUCAAGCAGGAACGGAAGACAUCAAGAAAGCCGGAAAACAAGCCGGCAAGGGGGUCCGAUCUGCAUCUUCUGCCUUGGGUGGCUUGACAUCGGACUCAUUCUUUGAACCAGGUAAGCAGGACGAGACGUUCACAGCCGGUGCAGUGGCUGUACAGAAGCUCCUCAACUCGCCCCAGGCACAAACUCUCCUCAACAGAGCCGACUUCAUUCACGCAUUCUUGUCCGAUCCACAGAAGAUGGUGCAGGACACUAUCACAGACGGACAGCAGAAUUUCAUGCAACAAUUGGCCCAAGAGGAAGCCAAGAGGCAACAAGGAAGACUGGUUCCUUUUCGUAUGAGUUCAGUGAAACCUGUCACCAAUACCAAGGCCAAAGGCGAUUUUUGGAACCAGAUUGAAGCAGAAGAAAAAAGCAGACAUGGUUCCGUCAUCUCAACCGCCGCGAAAAAGGGUACAUUCUCGAAUGAUUUGGAGUCCGAAGAGAGAAGCAGACGUGGAUCUGUCAUAUCCGUUCCGACAUCAACAAGCUCCAGACAAUCAAAAGGCACAUUCUGGCAGGAUCUGAAGGCUGCAGAGGAAAAGAAGGCAAAAAAUGCCCUGCCAACGACGAAGAAGCUGCCCCUGACACGGAGCGGAGGCAGGAAUUUUGAUCCUCCGAAGGGAAAUUUCUGGGAUGCGAUGAAAGCAGAGGAGAAUAGUCGGUAUGGAACGGUGACGACGCUGUCGAGCAAUGCGUGCACAGCUGUUGCGUCUACAAAUUCGGCACCGUUGAAGACAUUAGCGGAUUCGCGCUUGAAGCCUGGGUUGGCGAAAGCUCCAGCAAAAGUCCAGCCAAGUCCAGAUAAGGUACUGCCUUCAGUGGACCAAACGCCCAAGACAACGAAUGGACAGAAGACAAGUCUGACCACGACACCUGCUAAGAAAGCAAGUACUGGUGUAUCGGCGACUUCGACAACGAAAAAAACAGGGACUACUACCUCGACGGCGAACACGACUAAGAAGCCCGCGUUUUCUGCUUCGCCGAAACCAGCAUCAGUGAAACCUGCCGCAGCAACAGUACCAGGAGCCUCAAGGAACAAACCAAGCUCAAACACUCCUUCGAAAGCGACUCCUCUCAAACCAUCUCCUUCCACCGUGGCAAAAACUCCUCAACAGAAGAUAGUAUCAGCAGCUUCUUCUUCAACGAACCUGCCCUCCACCCAGAGACACGGGGUCAGUGCCAACGCUAACACGAACACAAACAACAAUAUUUCCCCUUCCAAGAAUAAAACCAACACCUCCGUGGGGGGAGCAACAGCGCCGGCGCCAAAAAGGCUCAUCACGCACAACACAGCGGGUGCAAAGCCCAUGAAACCUUCAACGGCCACGAGGACACCUGUGGAAACAGCCCGGCUGAAAGCAGCAGCAACAGCAACAGCAACAGCAACUACAGCUGCGCCGCCAAAGACCAGCUCCGCCGGUAAUUCUGCGACAGGCGGAAAGAACAAGACGAGAAACAAUGGUUCGGGCCCGCCGAAGCCGAAGAGUUGA